UAUAAUGACUCCCACCAAGAUCGGCGCUUGCCUUCUUGAAUCAUAUUUCGAGAGCUAAUAUUCUGGAGACCAGCGAGUCUUGUUUAUUUGAGUUCUUCCAGUUGUUACACGUUAAUGUAGUGAAAAGUUUUCGUUAAAGUGAACAUUGAGAAUCGAUUUCUUUUGUAACCAUGUCAAAACUGAUUGUGAGUUUAGUAGUGAUUGCAGCACUGACGUUAGCUGUGUCUGCUUCGCGUGAAGACGUCGAGGAUCCGAAAAAAGUUUUGCCCGAAGGAUGCAUGUGCCGAGGAACGAAUCAAUACGAUCCGGUUUGCGGUAACAACGGUGUAACAUAUCCGAAUCUGGCCACACUUAGAUGUGCCAACGAUUGCGUUAAAUACACAGGUAUUCAUCACAUGCAUCAUGGCCCUUGCAAGACGUAAAAAUUCGAUGGAAGAAUCCACCAUGAAUUACGGAAUUGGCGCACUUGUGUCGAGUCGAAUGAUCAAUUUAUCGAAUCCUAACAACUACUAACGUCAGUGCUGGCACGGUUAAAAAUGUAUAAAUAUAUUGAUAAAAUAUGCAAAAUAUAAUAAA